UUGUGACUGCAAAUGAUACCCUGGAGUGAUUACCUCCGGGGCUAGAUAUAUAAGAGCGUACCAACCUAGACAGCAUCCAUCUCCCAGCCUUCUAGCCACACUCUGAGCCUCAAAUAUAAAUACACUUAUCCUAUUCGCAUUUCAUACUACUCGUUACCAACCUCUCACAGAUUGGUGAAUUCAUCCAAGAUGGUGCUCCCUUACUUCACCGCCCUCGUCUUCGGUACCAUGCUUCCUGGCCUCAACCUGACCCAAUACGCCGACCACUACGACAACGUGCACAUUCCACUCGUCAAGUCGCUCACCGGCCCAAACUUUCCCGCCGUGCACACGCGACACUACUUUGGCGGGAAUCCCGCCUUUGUAAACGCCAGUUAUCCUGUCGAUUGGAACAGCAUGGCGACCAUGGAGUUCAGAGACCAGGCGCAUGCGCUGACAUUUCUAAACAUUAUCGGCCAGCCGGCAGCGAAGGCCAAGAUCGAGGAGGACGAGCAUUUAUUCAUGGCACAUGCGCCGAGGACGGUGAUUGUUGGGACAGAUGGUAGCGUUUCGUGGCCAUAAAAGGUGUGCACGAGAGGGGAGUGUAUGUAUAGGAAAGAUGCACUUUAGAGUUUUGAUUAUGGUUCCGAAGCACGGUAUGGAUGAAUGGCGUAAUACACGCACAAUGGACGUAAACGGAAAACAUGAAGUAGACUGAUACUACGAUGUGAGAUAAUGUAAUAUCUCUCAUCUAAGGAAAGUAGUAUUAGGCUCAAAGUGUUCUCCCCGUUUGCUUUUCAAUGGAUGUCGAUUUAGGUACAGGUACAUCUGAAAGUACGCGAUUCAGGUAGCGCUUACUAUUGUUCGGUGG